AUGUCGUCGACGAAAGCCUCAAGGAUAGGGGAGGAGACAAGAGUUGAUAAAGUCAAUGCGGAGCUGGUCACAUUAACAUAUGGAACGAUUGUUGCGCAAUUAUGCCAGGACUAUGAUAGCAAUUACCAAGAAGUCAACAAGCAGUUGGACAAGAUGGGAUACAAUAUCGGAAUGCGACUCAUUGAAGACUUCCUGGCCAAGUCAGGUGUCGGCCGAUGCGCCAACUUUCGGGAAACAGCUGAUAUGAUCGCGAAGGUUGGCUUUAAGAUCUUCCUGAACGUCACCCCCACCGUCACAAAUUGGACGAGCGACAACACCCAGUUCUCCCUUAUCUUUGAAGACAACCCCCUGGCAGACUUUGUGGAGCUUCCCGACGAUGGGCGGGCCCAGGAUGAGCUAUGGUUCUCUAAUAUUCUUUGUGGCGUCCUUCGAGGGUCCCUGGAGAUGGUUCAAAUGCAGAUCGAGGCACACUUCGUUAGUGAUGUGUUGCGCGGAGAUGAUACCACGGAGAUGCGGGUCUCACUUGUACGAUACAUCGAAGAUGAGAUGCCACCGGAGGAAGAGUAA